GCCCGGCAAACCACGCCUCUUUUCCUCUUUACGUGAAAUCAGCUGGCGCCAGCGUGCCUAGGGAAGCCGCCGGUGGUUUGGGCAAUUAAAAGCGCGGUCGCGAGACUUCAGGCCUGUUGUUAUUUCAAAGGAGAAUAACUUGGUGAUGGAGCAUUCUCAGUGACUGAUGGACUCAAAAGAAGAAAGCUUAGCAGCCCAGGAAGGAGCAAGAGAGAGAGGCCUGGUCUAUGUGUGGCAAGCUGGUUCCUGCUGUCCUACCCCCGAAAGACUUCCCGGUUGGACUGGAAAAAGAGUGUUGCAGGCAGCCCUUGGAGAAAACCAUGGUGUACUUUUGUCUGAUGAUGGCAAAGUCUAUAGUUUUGGGAAACUUCCUUGGAGACCUGGGCUAGAAGAGUCUUUUAUUAAUUGUCCCACACUGGAAAAAGCUUUGAGUGGACAACAUGUUGUUACAGUGGCAGCUGGCAGCUUUCACAGUGGAGCAGUAACUGAAGGAGGGGCGGUAUAUAUGUGGGGGGAGAAUUCCGCUGGUCAGUGUGCUGUGGCCAAUCAGGCUACUGUGCCAGAGCCCGCCCCCGUCAGCAUUUCUGAUGGCGAAGCUGGACCUUUCUUGCCAAUUCGGAUUUUGCAAUUGACCUGUGGAGAGGAGCACACCUUGGCCCUCUCGCAAAGUAGAGAGAUAUGGGCAUGGGGGAGUGGUUGUCAACUAGGCCUUAUAACCAGUAGUUUUCCCGUGACCAAGCCGCAAAAGGUUGAACACCUGGCAGGGCGUGUGGUGCUUCAGAUUGCUUGUGGGACCCAUCACAGCUUGGCCCUUGUACAGUGCCUCCCCACUCAAGACUUAAAAUCUCUCCCAGAGAGAUGCAAUCACUGCAGCCAGCUUCUCAUUACCAUGACCGAUAAAGAAGACCACGUCAUCAUCUCUGAUAGCCACUGCUGUCCGUUGGGCGUUGUAUUGACUGAGUCCCAGUCUGAGAAUCGCAUGUCUUGUUCAUCACUAGAAACUUUGGAAAGAAAGAGUUUAACAAGCAGCCAAGGUGAGGACUGCCAAAAAACCCUUUCAGAAGAUCAGAUGUUGCCUGGGGCAGAGUACGACGUAGCAAGUAUAUUUUUGAACAAUGAUGGACAGGAAGACAGUGGCAUUUCUAGUCCAGGAAAGCCUUUGAUCGCUGACAAAACAGCAGUAAAGCAACACGUGACGAGCCUUUCAGAUAAGUCGUUAAAUGCAAGCAGGGAGCAGCAAAUCAGCUCUCCACCUGAACAGCAGUCUCAAGAAGAGGAUCAUCUCGUUUGUCUCCCUGGUCCACCUCUCCCAGGUACAUCUGCCCUUAAUAGCCUAGUGGUUUCUUGUGCAUCUGCAGUUGGUGUAAGAGUAGCUGCUACUUAUGAAGCCGGAGCCUCGUCUCUGAAGAAGGUAAUGAACUUCUAUGGCCCGGUUCCAGGUUGCACAGCGUCCCCACCUAGUGGAAGUUCUCCAGUCCUUGAUGGGAUGAAAGACAGCCGAGAAGAGCAGGUCAAGCUGGAAUCAAUGCAAGGCAAAAAAAGUUCCAGCUUGGUAGAUAUUAGAGAAGAGGAAUCUGAAGGAAUCUGUCGAAGACUUUCCUUGCCUGGCUUGCUCUCCCAAGUUUCUCCAAGGCUUUUAAGGAAGGUGGGACGAGCCAAGAUGAGGACAGUUGCCCUGACACCCACAUACAGUGGUGAAGCUGAUGCACUUCUUCCGUCUCUGCGAACUGAGGUGUGGAGCUGGGGGAAAGGAAAAGAUGGGCAACUGGGACAUGGUGACAUCUUGCCAAGGCUCCAACCGUUGUGUGUAAAAAGUCUUGAUGGUAAGGAAGUAAUUCAUUUGUCUGCUGGUGCCCAUCAUUCCUUGGCACUCACAGCUAAAUCACAGGUAUAUGCAUGGGGCAGUAAUAUUUAUGGACAGCUAAGUCAUUUGAAUUCUCCAACCACAAUCCCUCGCCUGGCAAAGAUAUGUGAUGACAACAGAAUUUGGAAUAUAGCAGCAGGUCCAGAUUAUUCCCUAUUCCUAGCAGAGGGGGAAGAUUUUCAGCCUUCUUUGUAUUAUAGUGGCAGAGAAGAAAAAGAAGAUGGUAUUUCAUCUGAAAACAACUGCCUAAAGAGUCCAACAUUGCUGCUAAACUGUAGUAAGCUAGGGUAUAUUAGCCAUGUGACAACAGGUGGAAAUAAGUGUUUGGCUUUAGUGGACAAGAACAUUAUGGGAUACAUCGCGAGUCUUCAUGAGUUGGCUUCGACAGAGAGACAGUUCUACUCCAAACUGAGCUCUGUAAAAUCUCAAGUUCUCCGACCACUUUUGGGAUUUGAUAAUUUAGGUACGGCAUCUACCAUCCAAUUGCUGCAGGAAACGGCAAGUACAUUCAGCAAACUGUGUUACCUGAUUGGUCAGCAUGGAGCCUCUUUGACCAGCUUUCUUCAAGGAUUAAAAGAGGCAAAGAAUCUGGUGAUUCUGAAGCAUUCAAAUCUGUUUUUGGAAAGUUAUACUGAGUACUGUGCUUCCUUGACAAACUUUUUGGUAAUGGGAGGAUUUUCAGUACUCUCCAAGCCAGCAGUGGAUUUCUUAGGCAAAAACCAAGCAUUACUUCAAGAUCUGUCAGAGACAAACGAAAUUUAUCCUUUAAUGGAGAUUCUAAAUGCUCUGUUUUUCUUGCCAAUCAGACGACUUCAUAAUUACGCUAGAGUUUUAUUAAAGCUUGCUACCUGUUUUGAAGUGACAUCUCCAGAAUAUCAAAGCCUUCAGGAUUCCAGUUCUUCUUAUGAAUCUCUGGCUGUCCAUCUCAGUAGGAAAAGAAAAGAUGCUGAAUAUACACUAGGUUUCUGGAAAACAUUUCCUGGGAAAAUGACAGAUUCCUUGAGGAAACCUGAACGGCGGCUGAUCUGUGAAAGCAGCAAUCGAGGAUUGUCGCUGCAACAUGCUGGGAGAUUUUCAGUGAAUUGGUUUAUCCUCUUCAAUGAUGCCUUAGUCCAUGCUCAGUUCUCAACUCACCAUAUUUUUUCCUUGUCUACCCUGUGGAUAGAACCUGUUUCGGAAGAGACUGGUAAUAUGAAUGGUUUGAGAAUCACUACACCUGAAGAACAGUUUAUUCUCAUUUCAUCAAGUCCACAAGAAAAGACUAAGUGGCUGAAAUCUAUAAGCCAAGCUAUAGAUCAGGCCUUAAAGGGGACAUCUGAUUUCCCUCCCUAUGGUGCUAGUGGAAGCCUUCAGAGGCAGGAGCCCCCUAUUUCAAGGAAUGCAAGAUACACCUUCUACAAAGAUCCUCGGCUUAAGGAUGCUACUUACAAUGGUCGAUGGCUUUCUGGGAAGCCACACGGAAGAGGAGUCUUGAAGUGGGCAGAUGGAAAGAUGUAUUCUGGCAUGUUCAGAAAUGGCAUGGAGGAUGGAUAUGGUGAAUAUAAACUACCAAAUAAAACAAUGAAGAAGACUGAUCAUUAUAUUGGAUUUUGGAAAGAAGGCAAAAUGUGUGGACACGGUAUCUACAGGUAUGCAACUGGGGAGGUCUAUGAAGGAAGCUUUCAAGAUAAUAUGCGCCACGGCCAUGGCCUUCUACGCAGUGGGAAACUGACUUCUUCCUCACCUAGCAUGUUCAUUGGCCAAUGGGUGAUGGAUAAGAAGGCUGGAUAUGGAGUAUUUGAUGAUAUUACAAGGGGAGAAAAAUACAUGGGGAUGUGGCAAGAUGAUUUUUGCCAAGGCAAUGGUGUUGUGGUCACACAGUUUGGAUUAUAUUAUGAAGGAUCCUUUAACAACAAUAAAAUGAUGGGGACUGGGGUUUUGCUGUCUGAAGAUGACACGGUAUACGAAGGAGAAUUUUCAGAUAAUUGGACCCUCAAUGGAAAGGGAACGCUGACUUUGCCAAAUGGAGACACUAUUGAAGGCACUUUCAGUGGUGAAUGGGGAUCUGGAAUAAAGAUUACAGGGACCUACUUCAAGCCCACUUUAUAUGAUCAUGAGAAAGAUCGGCCUAAAACACUGCGAAAGUUAGGAAACCUUGCGGUCCCAGCAGAUGAGAAGUGGAGGGCGGUGUUCGAGGACUGCUGGCACCAUCUCGGCUGUGAACAGCCAGGUCAAGGGGACAGGUGGAAAGCGUGGGAUAACAUUGCUGUUGCCCUGACAACCAAUCGGAGGCAACACAAAGAAAGUCCAGAACUCUUGAGCAGAUCACACGCACAAACCCUGGAGAGCUUGGAGUUCAUUCCACAACAUGUCGGUGCCUUCUCGUUGGAAAAAUAUGACAACAUUAAGAAAUACCUCAUAAAGGCAUGUGAUACUCCUCUGCACCCUUUGGGAAAACUUGUGGAAACUCUGGUAGCUGUAUACCGCAUGACGUACGUGGGAGUAGGAGCCAAUCGGCGGCUUUUGAAGGAGGCGGUGAAGGAGAUUAAAUCCUAUUUGAAGCGCAUCUUCCAGUUGAUCAGAUUCCUGUUCCCUGAUCUUCCUGGAGAAGGCAGUGUAAUUCCCUCACUGAUGACUGAGAUGAAAGAAACCAGAUCUUUCUGUACUGGGAAAAAGGACUCGGAACCAGACUCUCCAGAGCCAGGCUAUGUGGUGACAAGCUCUGGCUUAUUACUUCCUGUGCUGCUCCCACGACUUUAUCCUCCUCUGUUUAUGCUGUAUGCCUUGGACAAUGAAAGAGAGGAAGAUGUUUACUGGGAAUGCGUUCUACGUUUGAACAAACAACCAGAUAAAGCACUAUUGAGUUUUUUGGGAGUGCAAACGAAGUUUUGGCCAACAACAGCAUCUGCCUUUGGUGAAAAUAAAAAGGUAUUGCCAAAUUCAAAAGAUGCCUGUUUUGCUUCUGCUGUGGAAUGCCUACAACAGAUCAGCACAACGUUUACACCUACUGACAAGUUGAAGGUGAUCCAGCAGACAUUUGAGGAGAUCUCACAGAGCGUUCUUGAGUCUCUUCAUGAAGAUUUCCUGUGGUCCAUGGAUGAUUUGUUUCCCGUUUUUCUGUAUGUGGUGCUACGAGCCCGAAUAAGAAAUCUGGGGUCUGAAGUUCACUUGAUCGAGGACCUCAUGGAUCCCUAUCUCCAACACGGGGAGCAAGGCAUUAUGUUCACUACCCUGAAGGCAUGCUAUUACCAGAUUCAGCAUGAAAAGCUCACCUAACAUAUUUGCCUUAUGUAGAAGACUCGCCUGAAUUUUUAUUCAUCCUCCCUGAAAUAAAAUGAAAACAGAGACAUCAAUCUGUGGAUGCAAUUUCUAAAGCUUUCAAGUCAGAAAAAAAAGCAAAGAUGUCAGAUCAAAGAAAAAGAGAUCAGAUUUGGAAAGCAAUUAUUUUUUGAAGAAAAUGUUAGACUCACGUAGAUCUCAAGAAAGAAAAAUACCAUCCAGGACACAUGCUGCUUUUGACACAGAAGAAGCUGAAAAUGUUGUGAUUUUGAAGGACUGAAAUGCACUACAGAACUACUGUAUUAUUUUUAAAUGAAGCUGCCUAGGUUUGUGUGUCACUGGGGAAAAAUAGUUGACACAAAUAACCUUCUUACUAAAAGAAAAAAAACAGUUUGUGAAAAAAAAAUCCUCUCUAUAAAGUUAUAAAGUACAAGUGCUUGCGUGAAAUCGAGAGCUGUUGGAUUUAUUAAUUCCAAAGCGUUAAAUAUGUGGGAGCUGAUAUUUCUUUACUUUUUUGGGGGGGGAGGGGGAGGUGUUAAGGGGAAUUUAUUAUUUAACAUCAAGGAACAUUGUAAAUGUCAGCACUGAAUUUAAUAUUUAAAAAUGUUUACAGAACUCUUAGUUCUUCUAAGCCUUGAUGAACAAACUUUAUAAGCUACAGUUGGAAUGGUUUACCUAACAACGUUACAGAAUGGACUUCAUGUUACAGAAUGAUAAAACUGCAAUCUUACUAAAGAUAUGCUCUCAGCAUUGAAGUAUUAUCAUUAUGCGAUUUUGAACUGCUACAUCUGCAAUGCCAUUUGGACAGAAGGAACCCUUAUUACCAGCAACUCUGUGUCAUUGUUCUUGUUAUUUUUCCUUUGCCUUGUAUGAGUAGCUCUCAUUCUGGAUAAAACAGGUGCUGUUCUUUAUUAUAUCAGAAAUGCUCCCCUGGUUAAAUUCAGUUAAUAAUAUUCAAUACAAAUAACCCCUGGACAUCAGAAUCAUGCUUGUGUGUUAACUUCUUUUAUUAAAAAUGGAUUUUUGUUGAACUAUAAUUAUAAAUGAAGCAAUUUUCAUAAUAAAAAUACUACUAAUUCUGUCA